GGCCCCUGGUGCCGUUAGAAUAUAACAUUUGUCUAAUAAAUGUUUGGCCUCUCCCUUGAAUCCAUGUUUCGCCCGAGAACCGAACACGAGAGAAACAAUCCGCUCGCGGGGGACAUACACCACCUGUUGAACGGCCAUAAAAAGCAUGCUUAUUGAUAUACGAUUUAAUGGUAAAACGAUGGUUUAGCACGACUCGAUUUGGAAAGUCUUAUUCUCGGCGAAUUGUUCCGAUCGUUUACAUGAGAAAUCAAAAAAGAUACUGGUGGUGUUCUCGCACGGAACUCGCUUCGCUGGUUCGCGUCCAUGCCUCUUUUUUUCUCUUUCUCUCUUGUCUUCUCUUUUCAUACAGUUACCGGAAGCUAUUUAAGCAAAUAGAUAAUGUAAAAUGGGAUACUGAUCAUGUACCAUGUGCUACUGUAAAUAGUCGUCAUUAAAUAAUCAGAUGUGUCUUUAUUGUGCAUCAUCUCCUCUUUCUCUAUCUCUCUUUCUCUUUUCUCUCAUUUUUCUUUCUCUCUCUUUUUAAUUAUAGGUAUUGUACAAUAUCAUGAGUACUAUUGUGCGUAAUUUUCACUAAAUCAUAUCUAAUGAAAAAAAGAGCUAUUCUAUUCCAAUUUUUUGAACGUGCUUAAUCCACAUUUUGAUCAGUUGUGUACUUAUCCGCUGUGCCUCUUGCAAAAGGAAAUUGUUAUCAAUUUGGCAAUUUUCUGACAUUUUAUCAAGAAUGUUUUGCUAUAAGGUGUCUAUUGAAGUACCGUACACUGUAAUUCAACAUUAGGUAUACUGUCGAAUAUGACAACGAUUAUCAGUUGACUCUAGUAUAUUACAAUUGCAAGACUUUUAUUGAAAUUUUAAAAUAGUUUUAUGUUAUGCCAAAUGCACUAAGCAAAUGAUAUUUUACACAAGUUAGUAAGAACGUUGAUUUUUGUUUGAUUUGCUGUUGUAUGGUUUUGAUGAGUUAUGCGAGAAAAAAAUCAACGAUGGCAUUAUACAUGCAAACACAUGCACUAGAAUUAAGCUAGAGUAAGCCUACGGAACCACCAUUGUAGAAAAUAUUGUUUAACUUUGAGAUGUUCUCUUAGCUACGUGGGCUUAGCUUUGAAAUGGAACAUAAGACAGUGCCCGUAGUUUACAAUUCCUAGAUCCAUAUUUACCCUUCACUUCCAUUAUCGCUUCCACUGCUCAUAAUACGCACACAGCCAAAUCAAUUCAUGAGAUUUCUCCGUUUUUCUUUCUUUCUUUUUUUUUUUGUUUCUGUACUUUCAGCGGUUUUGAUAUCAUAAUAUUAUGAUAAUAGAGAAAAUAUUACAAAAGAAUACAUGACUCAGAAUGCUUUAUAGCUUUAAAGAAAAACAAAACUAUAAUGCGCACCCAUCAUCCUUCCGAGUGGAGAAUCAGUUGGUGCAUGCUUUUCCCAUCCGUUGGUGCAAGGAUGAUCGGUUAUGUGGCUGGGAGGUAACAUAUGUUUAGUAUACUGUAAUAGCCCUUCUUAGGCGGGAAUAGCAGAUGUGGAACUGAUCCGAGCAUUGGCCCGAUAUGCGUUGAAUCUAUGCUCGUCUUGAAAUAAUUGGUACACUUUUCUGAUAUUAUCAUGAGUACCAUUACCACAGAGAUCUGUAGCAAAACAGCAAUAUCUGCUACGCGUUUCUUUGUACCAGUCAUCAGACCUGUUUUGUUGAUUGUUCUUAAUUUGGUUGCCGGGGUGAAGUUUCUAUGUAUUUUUAUUCAAGCUUUUCAUCCUACCGUUCGGGCCAUGUCAGAGGGAGCGCGGAAAUGGUUGCCGAUAUGUUCCAGCGCUGGGGUCGAUCAAUCGGCAUGCGACUGGUUUGUGUAAUAGGAGAAUCGUGAGAGAUGAUCGAUGUGGGUAAUAUACGCGCCUGAUGCGUGUUUACUUAGUUACCGGAUUGUUUUAAUUACGAUUACACUAUAUUACGCUUUCGUCCUAGCGGACCGGCUAACGAAUGUCCUUCUCUUUUCUCUUUUCUCUCUUUCUCUCUUAAUUCUUCUUUUUUCUUAAUAUUAUCGAACUCAUGGGAGAUCGAGUGGGUUGUUCUCCUUCUAUGCUUACAUCGUUCUGUAUGCGGGCAGUACAUCCACAGCACACAGUUAAAUCGACGCGUGUAAUGCGAGGAACCAUGGGCUUCUCCUCUCCGUCAUUCGCUGUAACCAUCAUCGACGUAUAUCCCAAAUCGUAACAAUUCAACCUUCCUUCCCAGAGGGAAACAGAGAGAAGGCGCUAUUAGAGAUCGUGUGUAAAUGAUCGAUCUAUUCUUUUUUCUCUCUUUUCUCUUCUUAUUCUCUUUCUUUGUGGUUUCUUAACCUCUUAACACUUGACUGUAUCUAUCACACAGAGGAAAGAUAAAGUUGCGUCACAGAAGCAUGUAAAGAGUGCCACAGUGCAGAGAGAGAAAGUGGCGUAUUGGGGACGUACGAAACAAAACGAAUGUAAACCUGGCGGCAAUUCUUCACCCUACCUUUCUCAAUAUAUCCUUUCUUGUGUGUAAGAGAAAGAGACGUGCACUGUAAAAGAAAUCUCCCACCCAACUCCAAAUAUGGGAAGAGGUCCUGACGAUCGGCAAAAUUGCGGCAACACGGUGAUCGUGUUUGAAUUAUCAUCAUUGGUUUAUGUUUUUUGUCCAUCUCUCUCUCUCUCUUUCUCUUUCUUUGUCUCUCUUUCGUUUUGUUCAAUCUGUGUUUUCUUUAACCGUACUUUCAGCGAACUGGGUUUUGUUCGUGACUAGAUGACGUGAUAUUAUUAUGUGUUGAAGGAAACAUAUUGACCUUUGUUCGAAUGAGCGAUACUUCAGCCCAAUAGUUUAGCAUUCCGAUUCAUCAUACAUGCGUUGUUGUUGAGUAUAAUUGUACAACCCUGCUAUUCACGAGACGAAAAGGUAGUCAUUUUAAUCUUUCGAAUUACUAGUAGUAGUACUUCCACUGUUUUUCUCAGCCAUCGUCUUGGAAUGGGCCACAAAAAUGAGAUGUAAUGUGUAGGCACGGUGUGGAACGCUCGAAAUUCAGCAAGGACCUCCAGUGUCCGUGUGGGCGCGCUUCCCGUCCUGGUUGUACCAUCAAAUAUCAUCGCCACCAUCUCAACAUCGCAACUAUACAUAAAUUACAGAGCCUAUGUGCAAGGCUGUUAGCAGUUAUAUUUUUUUUCUUUUUUGUCUACGUUUUGGUUUUUUUUUCUCUUUUCUCUCUCUCUUUUUCUCUCUCAUCUGUAAUUAUAUAUAUAUUGUUCUCUUUUUCAAACAUACAAAAAUGAAUGUACGCCACAAAAAAUACCUUCAUGGCGCCCGGAUGCGAUUUCUGGUUCUGCUGUGGAAGAAGUAACAAAUCCGACACAUCUCCUUUACUGUACUGGGCUCACCCACCAUACGAACUGUAACCGUGCGUCAUUUCACAACUGAUACCAUGGAUCUCGAGGCAUUGUUUUCUGUUACAUGUUUCCACAUUCUCAUUACGCGAUUAAUGACUCUCGUUUUAUUUAUUUUUUAUCAAUGCAUAAUCUGUACACACGUUUGUAAGAAUGGUGCUGUGAACUUUUGAAGCAGUACUAACAUUGCAACAAUUUCUUGAAGGCUUUCAUGAUUGUUUAAUCAUAAAACCUUACUACCAGUUUUGAAUGUGAAGAAGUUGUAAAGAUGAACCUUAAUCUCUGCUAAACAACUUCCAAUUUGGUCAGAUUAUUUCACUAUUGAUUGAUAUUUGAAUCCAUGUAGCUUGUUAGAAAAAUUAACUCAUCUGGUAACAUUUUCGAAAUGUGCUAGAUUAUGUGUGAUAUUUUUUUUUUCGCCAAAGAAUUUUCACAUUGGUGCAGAUUGAUCUGACCAAGCGCUCUCCAUUAACAUGUGUCUGUGUCUGUGGUUCAUACUUCUCUAUUGAUUAUACCGCUUUGCCAUUCACCAUCAUCGAGUCAACUAAUUAAUUCACGUUAUUUUUUCUUGUUUUUUAUUUAUUUUCAGGAUCUAUGUGUAUCUCGUAUUGUUUUUGUUUCUCUCUCUCUCUUUCUAUCUUUCUCUAUUUCUUUUUUUGUUUCAUCUAUUUCCUUGUGCGUGCCGAAAGGUACAAAAACGCGCUUUCUAUGCAAAAAUACCGCCCAAAGAAUGAUAUACAAGCAAUCUGCUGCUACUACUACUACUACUACUACUAUCACAACAACUAUUCUUCCUCCGUCAUCAUGUUACGUUUUGAAAAUUUGCAAAGCAAUAGGGCAACAGUGAAUCCGUUUGCCUAUCUACUACUACCAAUACUAGUGCCUACUGCUACCUCCACUACUACUGCUACUAUCAUCACCACUACUACCAUCAUAAUUGCUACCAGUUCUUUCGUUCGUCCUUUGAAGAUUUUUGCAUCACGUACGCACGCCUACAUGCGUACUACGUAAUCGCGAUGGUUUGAGAAUAAGAAUCUAAAAUAUUGCAUAAAACCAUGCUCCUACUCUCCGAAAGCUAGGGCGUAAAUGAACAGAAAAGAACCAAAAGAAUCACACACAUUCACAGCACGUGGCGAGCAAUGUAUGAAUAGUUGUGAACUUGUGCACAUCCUCACACAAGUUGACUCCCCCAGAUCCAUGGAAGAGAACCGAAAAUUGUACCGUACAUCACGCAGCCAGUGUAUGAUCUUCGUCAGAUUGGUGAUGUGGCUUUUGGACCGGGCACACGUUCGGCGCUGCUGGGUAUACUGGGUGGCGCCUUGCCCCGGCUAAACACGGAGCAGAUCGAGCUUGUGUCGAGAGCUAAAAAGUACGCCAUGGAGCAGAGCAUCAAGAUGGUGCUGAUGAAGCAAACGUUAGCUCAUCAGCAGCAACAGUUGGCCAGUCAGCGUACGCAAGUACAACGGCAACAAGCAUUGGCUCUUAUGUGCCGUGUUUACGUUGGCAGUAUUUCCUUCGAACUAAAAGAGGACACCAUCCGAGCGGCUUUCCUACCUUUUGGACCGAUCAAAUCGAUCAAUAUGUCUUGGGAUCCGAUCACGCAAAAGCAUAAAGGGUUUGCGUUCGUAGAAUAUGAAAUACCCGAAGGGGCACAAUUGGCACUGGAGCAAAUGAACGGUGCCAUGCUCGGUGGGCGUAAUAUAAAAGUCGGUCGUCCAAGCAACAUGCCUCAGGCGCAGCAAGUGAUCGAUGAGAUCCAGGAGGAGGCAAAGAGUUACAAUCGCAUCUACAUCGCUUCGAUCCAUCCGGACCUGACCGAAGAGGACAUCAAGAGUGUGUUUGAAGCAUUUGGGCCAAUUAUGACGUGCAAGAUGUCACAGGGUAAUGCUGUACAUACGCACAAAGGAUAUGGAUUUAUUGAAUAUCAGACGAACCAGUCUGCAAUUGAAGCAAUCGCCAGCAUGAAUUUGUUUGAUUUGGGGGGACAGUUGCUAAGGGUUGGUCGAUCGAUUACACCACCUAACGCAUUGAUGGGACCUGCGGCAAACUCAGCAAUGCCAACGGCAGCUGCUGUUGCGGCUGCUGCUGCUACCGCCAAAAUCCAAGCAAUGGAUGCCGUGGCCACAAAUGCAGUCCUAGGACUGUCAGCUACUACCCCUGCACUGAAGGUUGGUCUCACGGGACUUCCGCUUAAUCCAGCCAUUACGACGGCAGCCAGUGCAGGGUUCGUCGCACAAGCACAACUGGCCGCCGCAACCCAGGCCGCAGCUGCUAUAAACAGCCAGCCGGGUUUAUUGGUUCCACCCGUUUCGCUUGCUCCAUCCCUGUUGGUUAAUCCGGUGCUGGGAGCUGCAGCCAAACCACUUCCCACAGUAUUGAGUCAAGCGAAUCCGGCUGCGGUAGCUGCGGCAGCGGCCGCGGCAGCAGCAGCAGCAGCCGCAGCUGCUGCGGCUCCGAACGCUACCGCUGAAGACGUGUACAAGAAGGCACAGGAGAAACAGCAAGAAGAGUUACAGAAGAAAUUGCUGGAAGAAGGUGAACCACAGACAUUGCAGCAGCAAGAAUCGAUGUCAAUCAAGGGUCAAAGCGCUCGUCAUUUGGUGAUGCAGCGGUUAAUGAGGCCACGCGAAAGCAAGGUGGUUAUUCUACGCAAUAUGGUUGGACCAGAGGACGUAGACGAGACGCUCCAGGAAGAGAUUCAAGAUGAGUGUAGCAAGUAUGGUGCUGUGGACCGGGUUAUUAUCUACAAGGAGCGCCAAUCGGAGGGUAACUUUGCCGAGGACGACAAUACGGACGUGAUCGUUAAGAUUUUCGUCGAGUUCUCGCAGGCCACCGAAGCAGAUAGAGCCCGUGAAUCACUAAACGGUCGCUAUUUUGGCGGCCGUUUGGUCAAGGCGGAGUCUUACGAUCAAGCUCUCUUUGACCACGGCGAUUUGUCUGGCUAAGUCGAUGGGAUGUGGGCGUGUUUUCAUCUCGCAUUUUAUUACCGCUCUAGCAAUGAUCCGCUGAUUGCGACUUGCGACGCAAAUAAUGUGUUAACAUGGAUGGAAAGAACUGCACUGACCAUGUGUACAUUGGCCAUUUGCAAUUGAAGUAUCUAUAUUUUCAUAUGUUCCAACUGGUCAUUCAAUAAGGCCAUGUGCUUUAUCUGUCCGUGUCGCAAAGAGACAGCAGCAUCGAUUUGCCAGAUAGAUUGUACGGAACAGUAUGUCAUUUCUAUCAUCAUAUUUACCACCAAUACUAACGGCCCCACUCAACUUGAAUCCCUUUUGAAAUGUGAAAUAGGGCUCAAUUAUCCCUGCUUUCCUUGAACCGUGGUUCGUUUAGAUUUAAAUAAUACAAACAUCAGAUCAAAGGUCAAAUAUAAACCUUUAACUACAUACAUACAUACAUGCAUACACUGUCAAGUUUUAAAUUGUGCAGAAAGUUUAUUUUUAUUGCACUAGAAAUGCUAGUGAUGUGUCGAAUACCCCAGACAGAAAUGGGCCAUCAAGACAUACACACACAACACACAUCUUUUCUCAUUGAUGCUGUGGAUAGUCUCGUCCUAAGGGUAUAAUAAGUAUGUUGCAAAACAGACGAAUUGUGUGUAGUAGAUGCGCAAUAUUUAGGAACACAUGGAUUUAAUAAUAUUCAUAAUCUUGGAGCGUCGUAACUCGCUGCUCCGUUAAUAUAUUGUCAUUAAAUUGUAUAUACAAAUUCGGGAAGCGUAACGGCGACUACCCGUUAAGCCUCCCGUUUCUACUUGAUCAAGCAAAUAUAGGACUAAUGUCUCAGAAACAAA